AUGGCCAACCAUCGUGAUCAAAAUCCAUUCAGUCAUGACGAUGAUAUCAAUCCUUUUGCGGUAGCUGUGUUUUUUCUCUCUAAUCAUAACAACAAUUAUCAAGUCCCUCCAAGCUCCAAGCUAUCAACUCUUGAUCCUGAACCUCCACUUUUCUACGGUCUUAGUGGCGCUGCUGCACCUCAAACUUCUCUUGAUACGUCUGCGAAAUUAAAGAAGAAGAGACAGGAGUUGGAAGCUAAGGAGGCUGAAUUGAACAAGAGGGAAGAGAUUCUUAGACGAAAAGAAGAAACGCUAGCAAAAUCUGGCGCUGUCAUUAGACCUAAGAAUUGGCCUUCAUGUUACCCCCUUGUUCAUCACGAUAUUGCUAACGACAUACCACUUCAUCUUCAACGUAUACAAUAUGUUGCAUAUGCAAUAUUAUUAGGAGUGCCAAUUUCGCUUUUUUGGAAUGUUCUUCUAAGUAUAGCAGUUUUUGCGCGUGGAGCAGCCGGAGUCUUUGUGUUCUUCUCCAUUAUCUACUUUUUCUUAGGGCCUAUGGGAGCCUUUUACUUUUGGUAUCGUCCACUUUAUCGUGCUUUUAGGGGGCUCUUGAAUGCAAUGAGCCUAAUAAGCGACUAUCCAGCCCUUGGGAUUAUGAGUUUUAUCGGAUUCGGCUUUUUUGCGAUUGAGGUACUUCUAAGCAUAUGGGUUUUUCGACAAGUUUACAUGCAUUUUCGAGGGAGUGGUGGCAAAGCAACUACAGUAUCAAUCGAUCUUUGA